AUGUCUGAGGAAAAGAUUAAAAGUGGCGAGGCAAUUACAAUUGAGAGCAAGGAAAAAGUUCAUACGAAAGGUCAACCUGGAGCACCUAAAGAAGAAAAGAAGAUACAAAUUACAAAAAUUAGAGAUUCAGAAGCUGGAGGCUUACCGAGCGUCAAAAACGAAGAUUUCUUCCAUGGUUUCAUGCCAAGAGAGCAGACAGAUCGUCUUCUAUUGAAAGUUGGCGAUUUUUUGGUUCGACAAGCGGUGAGAGCCGAAAACAAGUCGACUGUUGCUGAACAAUUCAUCAUUUCUGUACGGGUAAAGAAACCAUCUGUGGACAUUUCUAAAGGAGGAGUGGUACUGACGAAUAAAACCGAUGAAGAAAUAGCUGCAGAGAAAAAACUUGCUGAACAAGAAAUGAGGCAUAUUUUUAUAAAAUAUAGUAGAAGAGCGAAACUAUACUAUGUGCGCUUGUUUGGCUUCAAAUUAGUAUCUGGUCUAAUCGAAUAUCAUAAACGGCACAAAAUCCCAAUAGAUGAAGAGGGUUCGGUAUUAAGAAGAGCGAUCAAGAAAGCUGAUUGGCAGUUGAAUCAUGAGCAAAUAAUAAAGACGAAGAGAUUGGGCUCUGGUGCAUUUGGAGAUGUGUAUAAGGGGAUUUUACGAAGUGGAUUGAUUGAAAAGAAAGAAGUAGCUAUUAAGACAAUUAAUGGUUCAAUUUCAGCAGAAGAGAAUGAAAAAUUAUUUCAGGAAGCAAUGCUUAUGAAAACUCUUGUACAUCCGAAUGUUAUUCUUCUCAUAGGUGUAGCUUCAAACGAAGAACCUGUUAUGAUUGUAAUGGAACUCGCUCCAGGUGGAGCUGUACUCGAUGCUGUACAAGCAAAACCAGGUCCAUCUGUCUAUAUCAGAAUAAAAUAUUGUCUGGGAGCAGCGCUAGGAUUGACAUAUCUUUCUGGGAAAGGGAUCAUACAUAGAGAUAUCGCUGCUCGAAACACUCUCAUCGGUAAAAACCACACUGCAAAAAUCUCCGACUUUGGUCUUAGCUGUCUUGGAGCUCAGAAAAAAGAGAAAACUUUGAAAAAAGUACCUGUACGAUAUCUUGCUCCAGAAACAUUACAAACUCGAAGUUAUACAACAAAAACUGACGUGUGGACGUUCGGAAUCUACAUGUGGGAGGUAUUUCAUGACGGUAUGACACCUUACGAUGAAUUUCCGAAUACAGCCGCUAUUAGAAAAUUUGUAUUAGCUGGGAAUAGACUAAAUAAUGAAUCGGAUAAAUAUCCUGAGUAUCUCUGGACAUUGACACAGGAAUGUUGGAAACAAAAUGGUGCGGAUCGACCUACUUUUGAAGCUAUUGCUACUACCAUCGACUCACAAAUGGAAGAUUAUAAUGAAUAUUCUGGACCAUUCUGGAAAGUAUGGUAG